AUGGCAGAUCUGCACAACCCCACCGUCAUCAUCCUUCUUCCCUUGUCUGGGCUGCAGGCUAUCGGCUACGGGCUGGAGAGAGUAUGUCUCGGACGAGAGCCUGCGAAUGAGCAGAUUGAGAUAGACGACGCACGGACUGGUGGGUCCCCGACGGCGCACGGAGCCUCGAGCCAAAGGAAGCACGCCAGGAGCGUUGGCGUUGCGACGGGAGAAGAGCGAGCUCCCAUCUUGCUUCCCAACCUCGCUCGUCCUGCUUUCGACGGAGGCGAGACCCUGGCAGCCAGGUAG